GUUUGCUGAAGAGGAUGGUUGGGCAAGGCCCGGAGCAUCUGAUUAGAUCCCGUUCCUGACCAUCUCUCCAUGAUUAGAUCCUGUUACUCGUCUCUUCACUCUUUUAUCUGAUCAAUUCAUCUGCUCCAGUUGAAGCGUAGUCCUGGUGAACACGUCAAGAUGCCAAACGUCUUCGCCGUCUCCGUGUUCUUCAUCUGCUUCCGCGAGUGCCUCGAGACCAGCAUAAUCGUUUCCGUGCUCCUCGCUUUCCUCAAGCAAACCCUGGACCCGGAGCAGAAUGCCGCCGCACACAAGAGACUCGUUCGCCAGAUCUGGUGGGGCGUAGGUCUCGGUGCUCUCAUCUGCUUAAUCAUCUGCGCUGCCGUAAUUGGCACAUUCUACACGGCGGGCAAAAACGUCUUUGAGAAGGCUGAAUACAUCUGGGAAGGUGUUUUUGGCAUCCUGGCCAGUAUCAUCAUCACUGUCAUGGGCGCAGCGCUCCUCCGCGUGAGUAAAUUGCAGGACAAAUGGCGGGUCAAGAUCGCGAAGACGCUGGAGGACAAAGAUUCAGGAUUACCCGUUGGCGGACGAGUGAAGAGAUGGAUGGAGAAGUACGCCAUGUUCAUCUUGCCAUUUGUUACAGUGUUGAGGGAAGGGAUCGAAGCCGUGCUAUUUAUCGCGGGUGUAGGCCUUGGACUCCCUGCGACGUCCUUCCCUCUCGCUGUCAUCUGCGGACUCGGGGCUGGCGCACUGGUCGGCUACCUGAUCUACAAGGGCGGCAACAAGACAUCGCUGCAGAUCUUCCUCGUCAUCUCAACAUGCUUUCUGUACCUCGUUGCUGCGGGGCUGUUCUCGAAGGGUGUCUGGAACCUCGAGCAGAACGCAUGGGUCAAGCUCGCUGGAGAAGGAGCCGUAGAAGCUGGCGCAGGACCAGGGAGCUACGACAUCAGGAAGAGCGUUUGGCACCUUAGCUGCUGCUCACCCCAAGAUAACGGCUCUGGGGGCUGGGGAAUCUUCAACUCGUUGUUCGGCUGGCAGAGUAGCGCUACGUACGGCUCGGUCAUCUCGUACAACCUCUACUGGGUCGCGGUCAUCAUCGGAUUUGUGUUCCUUGGCUGGAAAGAGAGCAAGGAGACUGCGGCUCAUCAAGCAGAAGUGGGAAGUGAUUCCGAGACGUCCAGCGGGCAUGAAGUGCUGGCGGGAAAGAAGACAAGUGGAGAGCAAAUCGUGGUUGGCACGACAGCAGUGAGGGAAGUCAAGUAGUGGGUCACAUCCACCGCCACGAAGAUAUCCUCAUGGGAUUAAAAGGGUACAUACAUUUGCUUGCCUGGUACAUGUUAACAUGCAAAGGAACAAAAAGAACAAAAUAUCAAAAUCCAAUCAACGCACUGUCUCCAACCCCCUGUCUCUCUCCACCAUGCCAUCCACUCAACGCCCAACAAUCCCACCCUACAAAACCAU